UAGCCUCUGGAGUUUGCUCCUUUUGCGCCGCUCUCAGGAUGGGUCGUAGUGGGGGGAUCAUGCGCUGGAAGAGGAUGUCUGCAUUCCGUUUCUUGGUGCCCAGUGGCUCCCCCACCGGCAUCAAGAGGCUUCUUUCCACAGAUGGGCUUAUACCUCGGAUAUGCAUAGUAGGCAGUGGUCCUGCUGGAUUUUACACGGCCCAGCAUCUCCUGAAGCACCACAGGCUGGCUCAGGUGGACGUUUAUGAGAAGCUGCCGGUUCCCUUUGGCCUUGUCCGUUUUGGAGUGGCUCCAGACCAUCCGGAAGUCAAGAAUGUAAUCAACACGUUUACUCAGACAGCACGCUCUGAUCGCUGUUCCUAUUACGGGAAUGUGACCGUGGGGAAGGAUAUCACUGUGAAAGAACUGCAGAAGGCUUAUCAUGCGGUGAUCUUGAGCUACGGGGCCGAGGACAAUCGAACUCUUGGAAUUCCAGGGGAGGAUCUUGCAGGAGUUUAUACAGCCAGAGCUUUUGUGGGUUGGUACAAUGGCCUACCUGAGAACAGAGAUCUGAAGCCAGACCUGAGCAGUGAGACGGCGGUGGUCCUCGGACAUGGGAAUGUGGCCCUGGAUGUUGCACGGAUUCUCUUGUCGCCUCUUGAAAUUCUUAGGAAAACUGAUAUCACAGAAGAUUCACUGGCAAUCCUGGCCCGCAGCAAAGUGAAGCGGGUGUGCCUUGUGGGGAGGAGGGGUCCUCUCCAGGUGGCUUUUACCAUAAAGGAGCUGCGGGAGAUGAUCAACCUUCCUAAUGCCAGACCUUUUCUCGAUCCUACAGACUUCAAAGGCCUUGGAGAUGUUGUCAAAGAUGCUCCCAGGCCCAGGAGACGGCUGACUGAGCUGAUGGCCAAAACGGCCUUAGGUGAGCCUGGAGAGGAAGUGGCUGGCCGUUGGGCAUCAGCAUCUAGAGAGUGGAGCCUGAAGUUCUUGCGCAGCCCACUAGAAGUGUUGCCUGCCACGGAUGGAAAGCGUGCAAGAGGGAUCCGAAUGGCUGUCACCAGGUUGCAAGGUUCAGGAGAAAUGGCCAAGGCAGUUCCCACUGGAGAAGUUGAGGACCUGCUGUGUGGGCUGAUCCUCAGCAGCAUUGGUUACAGAAGCCUCCCAAUUGACCCAGCUCUACCCUUUGAUUCCAAGCAAGGGAUUAUUCCAAACAAUUUGGGAAGAGUCCUUGGUGCCCCAGGUCUCUACUGCAGCGGCUGGGUCAAGCGGGGGGCCGUAGGUGUCAUCCUCACUACUAUGAAUGACAGCUUUGACACUGCUCAGUUUGUGCUGGAGGACCUGCAGUCUGGAGCUCUGGAUGUUUCAAAGGCUAAGGAAGGCUCUGAGUUGGUGAGAAGCAUACUUCAGUCUCGAGGGAUUCAUCCAGUUUCCUUUUCGGAUUGGGAGAAGAUUGAUGCUGCUGAAGUAGCAAGAGGCAAGCUGGCUGGGAAGCCUCGAGAGAAGAUAGUGGAUCCACAGGAGAUGCUCGAAUUGAUCAGUCACUGACCUGGGCAUCUGUGCUGUGAGAGCUGGCCACAUUCCUGCUGUGGCCCUGUCUCUGUCAAAAAGGCUGUCUCUGCAGAAGGUUGAAUCACUCCUCAGCCUACACAUGUUCCGGAGACCCUGAGACUGGGCUGGUCCCGGAUUGCUAAGGGAUGUGAAUUGGUUAAAAGCUUGUUGCCACUAUAGGCAGCAGUGCUUGUUCACAGCCUUGGCCACCUUUGUGCUUUCCUGGCCAUGAAAGUUACAGCUAAGUGGAUGCUAGUUGGAUUCUGCAGUUCUAGGCAAGCAGUACCUUCUUCCUCCCUCUUCCACAAUUGCUGGACUCACAAUAAUGAGUCACUGGACCCUUUUUCUGGGACACAUUAAGUACAAAAAAGUUUGAUCUUUUUAGGGGUAAGUAAACAGUGCCUUAAUACUGUCUAUGUUCUUUUUUUUCUCUCUUUUGUAU